UUCUAAAAAUAAUUUCCCCCAAAUUAGGAAUUCCCAAAUUGAAGAAUACAGCAGCGUUCCUCCUUCCGCCAACCCCUCUUCUUCCUCCGACGAAUUCACGUCGCCUCCGGCGAAUCCACGCCUCUUCUUGCGUGAGUUACCCCCAAUCCAUCCUUCCACUUUCCCCAAUUCACAUUCCAAAUUUCAAUUGAGAUCCCUAAUAACAUUUAAGAAGCUGCGCCUCCUUCUCCUCUCUCGCGGUCUCUCCGGCGGAUCGCCGUCGAUGGCUCGUCUCCACCGGCCUUCGCUUCCCUAUCACCCAUUUCUCGUACCCAGAUUCAAUUCCGACAAUGUCAGCCACCAAGCAAGACACUUUUCCGGCAAUCCCGACGACGCAAUCGCACUAUUUGACAGAAUGCUCAGAACGCUGCCGCUCCCUUCCGUUUUCGCUUUCAAUAAAUUGUUGACCUCGGUUGUGAAAAAGGAACGAUACUUCGUUGCACUCUAUCUGUUCGACGAAAUGCUCCAGAGGGAUGUUCCCGAAAAUCUAUGCACAUUAAACAUUGCGAUUGAUUGUUACAGCCGAUUGAAAAGACCCGAGCUUGGGUUUUCGAUCUUAGGCAGUGUAUUGAAGCGUGGGUACGAGCCGGAUGUUGUGACGUUUAACACUUUGAUCAAAGGGCUUUUGUUGGUUGGGAAGAAUCUCGAAGCGGCAAACUUGUUGAAGAGGUUGUUUACUGAGUCACUGUGUCGGCUUACUGAUGAAUCUUCUAGUCUUAAUAUAAUCAGUAGGUUGUGUGAGCCUGAUAUGUUACGUUUACUGAAACGGGGAUGGCGGAAAGCUCGUGUUUAUGAUUACUACGCUGUGAUUGUCGAUGCGAUGGCUAGUAUGGGCGUCUCGCCCGAUACUUUAGCCUAUAAUUCAAUAAUGAAGGGGCUAUGCGAGAUGAGUAGAUGGAAUGAGGUCGAGAACAUGUUAAAGAAGAUGGUGGCGAAUAAGGUCUACCCAGAUUUAAAUACGUACAAUAUGUUAGUGGAUGCUCAUUGCAAAGAGGGGAGGGUGGAAGCUGCUGAGCAUGUUAUGAAGAAUAUGAAUGUUGAACCCGACAUUGUGACCUAUAAUUCGUUCAUUCAUGGAUAUUGUUUGAAUGGUAGAAUGAAUGAAGCCGGAAGCAUAGUUGAAAUUGCAUUGAAAUCAGGGAUCAAGCCUAGUAUUGUAACGUAUAACACCUUGAUGAACGGGCAUUGCAAAAAGGGAGGAGUGGGUGAAGUCUUCCGUCUUUUUAUGGAAAUCCAAGCGCAAGGGCUUGAGCGCGACUUGGUUUCUUACAACAUAAUGUUGGAUGCCUUGUGCAAGUCACGUCGUAUCACUGAAGCAUUAUCGGUGUUCAAUAUGAUGGAAGUUGAAGGUGUGGUUCCUGAUAUAGUAACUUAUAGUGUUCUGAUUGGGGGAUUGUGCAGGGCUCAUUGCUUUGCUAAAGCUUUUUCUGUCUUGAAUAAGAUAGAGGACAAAGGUAUUGAUUUCGACACUGUAAUAUAUAACACUCUAAUUAAGGGAUUGUGCAGUGCUCAUUGUUUUGUUGAAGCCUUUUCUGUCUUGCGUAAGAUAGAAGACAAAGGUCUCGAUCCCGACAUUUUUACAUAUAACAUUUUAAUUAACGGAUUGUGCAAGGAUGGAAAGGUUAAACAAGCGAAGGAUUUGUUCGGUGUGCUUCCAUCCCCCGACGUUAUAACCUAUAAUAUUCUCAUUGGUGCACUUUGCAAAGAAGGGGAGAUGGAAGAGGCUAAGGUUUUCAUGAAGAAGAUGGUAAACAACAACUGUUUGCCUGAUAGAAUAACGUGCAAUGUUUUGGUUCGUGGUCUUUUAAAAAAUAACAUGAUACACGAUGCAAUUCAUCUCUUGGAAGAGAUGGAUUCGAGGGGAUUCACAAUUGAUGCCACCACUUUAUCAAUGAUGGAAAGCCGAGGAAUUAAAUCUGUGAGGCAGAGUGUCAAGAGAGAAUCAAGAUACCAGGAUGAGAAAUAAAGAGAGAGGCCAUGAAAACUACAUCAUGUCUCAGGGUGGAAAGAAGAUGGGAAAAUGAAGUGGAAGUGGUUGAAGGAAUGAAGCUUGAUAAAGGCUACAUAUCCAUACUUUGUUACCGACCACAAAAACCAAAAACACGUCAGAAAUCAGGACGCGAAGAGGAGUUCGAAUGAAGCGAAGAAUUGGAGCUAAGGAUGGAGAGUAGAGGAAAAACAGAACAAAUUCCCAUUUUCAGAAGCUUUCACUCAGGCCAAGUGACAUUCGUGCUUCCAGAGGUUUUCAUUCGGGCGGGUAGAUUUACUGCCAAAUUGCAACUCGCUGAGUGACAUCCGCGUCUUGACUCCAGUAGCCCCUACUCGGCCGAGUGACAUGCUCGAGUAACUGCCUUUCGAGUUUUAUACAACCCGGGGAGGCAUUUUUUGGCAUUCUUCACCACUCCAGAGACGCGAUAAAAGAGGAUGAAAGAACAUGGAAGAAAAAAAAGAAACAGGGGAAGGAGAUUCAACACCGAAUUUCCAUCAAUCCGGAGACGAACCACUGUCAGAUUUGGAAGAACACCAAUGAUUCUAUGGUUGUAGUUUCUUUUGGUGUGAUUUGCUAUAGUAUAUGAGUGACUACUUUCUUUCAUUGCUCUUGAGAUGUAGGAGAUUGUAAUAUAUGAAUUUUGUUAUGAAAUUAUGAAUUUCUAUGGUUAUAA